AUGGGUCCCAAGAAGCGCGUUAUCACCUUAAGAAAGUCCCUCCGCGUCCACACUAAGAGGGCAGCUCUUGAGAAGAUCAACCUCAAGUUCAUUGACACCGCGUCUAAGUUUGGUCACGGUCGCUUCCAGACGCCGGCUGACAAGGCCGCGUUCAUGGGUACGCUCAAGAAGGAUCGCGUUCGCGAAGAUGCCGCCAAUGCAGCUGCACCGGCUGCAGCUCAGUCUUAG